CGCCACAAGCGGAAGUUGCGUCAGGUUUGUUUGUUUGUAGCAAGUGUUGCUAGUUGACCGUCCCGUUAGGUUAAAAACGCGUGCACUAUUUUCACCAAUGUAAUUUUCCAUUUUUUUAUUUCAUUCAAUUAAAAUACGUCUUGGUUGAAUUAAGUUAUCUUGUUUUUUUAUAGUGAGUCACAAAUGAGCAGCUUUCGUUGAUUACCCCAACCAAGAGGAAUGGAUCGCCACAGAUCCCGCAGUCCCUUCACUGAUUACCAUCACCAGUCAGCACACAGACAAGAAAGAGACGAUGGCAGAAGAAACCACAGUGACAGUGCACAUUUCAGACCCACUAACCAGUGUCAUUCUCAGUCGACACCAGCACAAAACCCUCUCAGCUCCCAGAGUUUGAGCACAAGGAAGGAGCUUUAUGAGAGAGGCUUUCCUUUGUACAAGCAGCCUGUGGAAGUAGGCUGUUUCUCUCUCGAUUCUCAGCGUAGGUUUUUCAAUGACAACAGGCAGCUGAGAUACUACGUGGAACCUGACAAAAGUCCCAAUUUUGAUCUGAGGGAUGGGUACAAGGACCGCUACGUAAAGAGAGACGAAAAUGUGAAGGAGAGACUGGAUCAUGUUCUCAAGUGGAUCGUAGCCAACAUAUCAAAACUGAAAUCAAAAGGGACCACAAAUUCCUCACGUGCUUUAGAUUUUGACUUCGUGACAUGGAGGGGCCACCUGACUAAGCUGCUGACCACACCUUACGAGACACGGGAGGGCUGGUUGCUGGCAGUAACCAGGUUCAGCGGCACACUUUACAUCAGCGAGGUGGAAACAGAAGCUGCUCGCAGGGAACGGGAGAACCGCGCUGAAAGGAACCAGGAGAUGAUGUACUGGGGAUACAAGUUUGAGCAGUACAUGUGUGCAGAUGACACUCACAGUUUGCCUGACCCCAGCGGAGUGGUUAACACUAAUGAGGCAUUCUGCACCGUGGUUCACACUCGACUCACGGAACACAAACUUCUUUUCUCCGGUGAGGUGGACUGUCGGGAUAAAGACCCCGACGCGCCGCCUCCUCCUGCCUGUUACGUGGAGCUGAAGACUUCUUUGGAGAUCUGCACACCCAAACAGCGCAGCAACUUCCACAGGUUCAAACUGCUCAAAUGGUGGGCUCAGUCUUUUCUCCCUGGAGUCCCUCGUGUCGUGGCAGGAUUCAGGGAUCAUGGCGGAACGGUCGUUUCUGUCGACACGUUCCCCAUCUCCAAGGUUUCUCAGCUCAUCAAGAAUGAACACAACUGCUGGAAGCCAACAGUGUGCAUGAACUUUUGCAGUGAUUUUCUGUCUUUUGUGAAGCGUAUUGCUACUGAAGACAAUCACAGUGUGGUGUACCUCUUCUCCUGGGAGCCCCACAGAGAUGUGACCUACUCAGUCCACAGGGACUCUGAGUUUUCCUUCCUGCCCCCCUGGUACACUGAGGCCUUGACCAGCUUUCAAGACUAACACCAUCAACUUUUUUUAAAUCCUCAAACUGAUUUCUUUUCCUAAACAUUCAAUGACAACUGGCACCGAUCAAAGCACCCUGAUCUUCUGGAAACAUUUUUAAUGAAUGAUGUUUUAUAUUGCAUGUGAUGAUGUCCAUUUUUUAUCUGCUACUCCUUUCCGGGUCACGAGGAGCUGUUGCCCAUGUCCAGCAGUCACAUGUCCAGGGGGACGCCCCAAAAGUUUAAACAAAAGUGAUU